GCUUUUUUGUUACUCCAUCGCUCUCGUUUCCAUGUUGGUUUUGAACGUUUAUUCCUUCCUCCUCCUUUUGGGAUUUUACAGAGUGGCCUUUGCUGAUCUUUUACUUGAUUGAAACUUGGGUCCCGAUUCAAACGCAAGAUUCAAAGGAACAGAGUAACCAGUCAAUCUAGUGUUUGGAUUUCACACUUUCACACUUGUUCACACAGAGGAUACGACAUUGGGAUCGUGUUCUUUCUUUCUUUUUCUUUCUAACGUUGAAAUUCCUUUUGGCUAAAGACGAAACUUGCUCCAUAAAUUCCACCUAGUUAGUUUACCACUUUAUUAUUAAAACUUAGAGAAAGCAAGACCUCUCCAUUUUUGCGUAUUACUCAAUAUUGCUUUUUGGUUCUCCAGAGGGAGGGGGAACUUGCAUUCUGAAUUUCAUUUUAGACUUUUUUGCUUGUGGAAGCAGAGGUCACAGCGUUUGGAUUUAGGAGAUUAGAAAGUAUAUUUACAGUCGUUGGGGUCUUGGCAAUUCCUUCAAACUUUUUUAUUUUAUUCCCUUGGUUUUCAACGGUCCUCCUCUCUGCUUUUUGCAAGGAUUUUUUUUCUAUCGUGGGGGACGUUGAACGCUACGACAAGAAGAACAAACGACAACGAUUCGCAUUCGGCCACCGAACGCCGACAACCACGGACAUUUUGGCAAAACCUUUUUUGAUUAUCGAUUUUUGACGGACGGGCAACACACGUAACCAUGUUAUCCUCACCGAUUCCAAAUGACAUGUUUCCGCUGUCCCUAAGUUAUAACGAACCCUCGUCGCCACCGCUUCAGCACCUCCCGACCAUGUCGGUCUUUGCGAAUGGGAUGGCGCACUGCCGCCGCCCUAGCGUGGCGAGCUCUAUUAUGGACGAAGGGUAUAGCUCUGGUGCAUCAACGUCGCUGGACAUGUCAUCGCCCAUUGAUGUAGACUGUGAACUCGGGAUGGAAUCUCUGGGCCUUUCUUCUCCGCUAUCGGCUUCGAGUGCCAUGGAAGACCUAACAUUGUAUGACACGUCUUCGUUGGAGCAGUAUGGGCAGUCGCCUUCGCAAGGCUUUCAGGGACCGCAGAGCCUCCAUGGCUUUGGCGUGAAUGGGACGGAAAGCAACCGCGAUUUCACUUCAGUUCCUGUGGUACCAUCCAAUGCCAUGCCAUACAUGCCCCGUCGAGUGUCGGGCCUCCAACCCAUCAUCGUUCCUACCCGCCAACGACGAAGCCUCCCUCACGUGCCUACCGUCGGCUCUUCCCCCGUCGCUCCUUUUGUGGUGCGGAGAGCCUCGAUCGCCAACACCAACUCACCACUCUCGUCCUCCAGUGGAAAUCUCCCUGCUCUUCCCUCACCUUCUUCGCCCGCCACGAUACCCGUUGAACGCGCGGCGUCCCUUUCCCCUGGCGUGCUUCAUCAGGUGCGAUCUCCUGUCCCGCCUUCUGCUCUUGGCCGACGCUUUUCCGUCCCGUUUGUGCCCAACAUGUCCAAUGUGUCCAGCUACGCCAUGAAUACACCCUAUUAUGGCGCACCAAGCAUGUACAGCCCCACCAUCCCCAGCGCAAGUCCGAGUGUCCACUCACCGUUCCAAACACUACCGUAUCAUCCGACCUCGGCACUGGCACCGCCCUCGCCGCCCAUUCCCUCAACGCCGGAACCGGCCCAACCAAAGCAGUAUGUCUUUGUCAACGAGGAUCCUUCCGUCGAGCCUCUCGAAAUACCAGCGUUCAUUGACCCCCAGUCGGGUGACGCAAAGAUUGAUGAAAAUAUUAUAUCUUUAUACGAUUUAGAGCAUUUGGAGGAUACGGAUUUACAGCAAGCUCUUGGUUUUGGUGCAAAAUUCAAGUGCGUCUGUGGAAAAUUGUUUGAAAAAUUGGGAAGCUUGAAAACCCAUGCGCGGUUGCAUAAAGCGGAGAGGAACCAUGUGUGCGAUGUUUGUCAGCGAGCGUUUGUACGUCGUCAAGAUCUAAAGCGCCACAAAGCAACUCACAAUACCGAUUUCAAACCAUAUGAAUGCACACACUGUGGGACGACAUUCACGCGAAGCGACGCUUUACAUCGACAUUUAAAAGCGAAACGCUGUCUAUGAAACUCUCCUCUCAUCCAACAACACAUUAUACUCUCCAUCCACUCGAUUCCAAAAUAUCCAGCGCACCUGACAACAUCAAAACAUGAAAAACAUAAAAAAACCUGGCACCCAAACGCACGACCGCAAUCAUUUGUAUAUACUCUUGCAUUUCUCGGCCCUUUUCGCAUCACAAUCAUCACUUUCUCGUGUAUUCACUUCAAAUCAAGCGAACUUUUUCCCUUCUUUGCGUUGUAAAAUAGAAUACCUUUUUUCCCUCACGUUCUGUCCACAUUGUUGUGGUAGACUAGAUGGGUAUGUAGGAGGUUUUAUGUCUAAACGUUCUGACGAUGUUUUGCUUGUGUUUGUUCGUAACCUUGUCUGUCCUUGUACUAUUGUAAAUAU